CCUGAUAAACCAACAAUCGCAGUCGAAAGAGUGAACAACACAAAUGUGGAUCUCGUAUGGGAAAUUCUACCUUCCAGUGGCGAAAUUGUUACAAGCCUUUUCUUUAAUAGACAGAGGCCGGGGGAGAGCAGUUCAACACCAAUUGCAUCGAGGAAAUUCAGUACAGGUGAUCCCUUCAGUGCGUUGAUCAGUAACUUCGAAACCGAGUACAGAACGAGCCUCCCAGCGACGUUAUGGUUGUUGAACGUAGAUAACACCGAGGAAUAUAUUUACACCCUGGAAGUGAACUACGAAGUGAAUAACGUUCCACAAGAGGAGAGCGACCAAGUGAGAAUUGUGGUCCGCGGUAAGUUUUUCUUUCUACCUCUUACAAACCUUGGCCUGUUACUUGCAACUGCUGUUGUCAUUCCUGAUUCGUCAAUUAAGCUUAAAUUUAGCUUCACUUUCUCUCUUCGCCGCUUAAAUGUUCUCACCUUGGCUCCAGAGGUCCGUUCUCGAAAUACCUAGGAUGAAAUAAGCUUUUUGGUAAAGCUCCCGAGAUGGACUUAUUAGGUGGACUUAUUAUUCUCUCGGCGCUUCGUGUCUUCCUAUGGCGGCUUCGCCGCAAGUUACGAGAGAGUAAAUAACAAGCUUAAAAAAAUUUCUGGCGCGCAGGGUAAAAUUUGUACUUCUUUCAAAGUUAGGUUACUUCUCUACGCCAGAGUCUAUUGAAAUAAAUGUUCGAUCGCGAGCGAACCGCUUCCAAGCUUACCCGCAGUCAUUACUUUACAGCUCUUUUUUUUACCUUUGGCUGUAUAAAGGAUAUAAGUUGAGUGUAUACGAUUUUACUUAGUCACUGCAUUAAGCUAAUUUUUUUUAUUAUUACUUUUUAUGUUACACAUGGCGCCAUGAAAUUGUUUAAACUAUAACUGUUGGUUACGAAGUGCAGUGGAUACGAAUACGAACAAUUAUUUGUAGGGUUCGCUCGAAAGUGACAGAGUAUGCUGAGAUUCUAUCAGUCCAGGUAUUUGAGCAGUUUGAAAAUUUCAGUUCUCCAGGGGUGUCCCUGAAUGAAAUACUUGGCAUUGUGUAGUGCAAAACAACGUUGUUUACCACAGUCCUUUUGUUGUAAUCGGUAGCGUGAGAAAACGAUAUUUGUCUUGUUGUUUGGUUUUUGAGACUACUUGCGAGGCUUCCGUUAACCACAUUUUAGGGUUUCCUGUGCGCCAUUUUAAAAGAGUUUCAAUGUAAACCUCAGUUAGUAACCUUCACGCUAUCCUUUUUUGUUAAUAUCUUUACUUCACAGUAUAUAUAUAUAGCCCGGCGUUAUGUCGCCUGCCUGUGUAAGGUUACAUGGAAGCAGAUAGAUCAAAAUAAAAGGUAGUUUUUACUUCAUAAAUGUGGAUUCAUGUAUUGAUUUACAUAAAUCUUCACACCCACACUAUUAGUUACUGUAUAAUCGAGACUGCCGUGUCAUGCUCAAUUGUGUUCAACAUUUGAAUGUCAAAAGAAAUGGCUUAACGAAUGCUUAACGCAUGCAGAAGCGUUAAGCAUAAUUAAUUUCAGUCUAUUUUGGUGAACUUUUUCCGAGAAGUGUUUUAAGCUACUUAAAUCUUUGAGCAGUAUUAAUUUUAAAGAAUAUUCCACUGUACAAUUCGAAAUUCCGCUGUUAUAUUUCGUUAAAACAGUGAUUAACGGAUCAUAGCUUUAAUAUGAGAAAAAAUUCAAAUUUUGAACCCUUUUUGUUAACCCGAACAAUGGCAGGUUUAUUUCAUUAACGUUUUACCUUUUUACUGGCUUUUUACAUGCAAUCAAGGAUUAUUUGGGUUUUUUUUCUUAAGGUUGUUUACUGAAGAUGAUAAAAACAGUUUGGAUUGUAAUGAGAUAUGUUGCUUUUAACCUUGACCAACCAACGUUGAAAUCCUUGAAUUUCUAACGUGUAUUUAAUCAUGUUCUGUAAUCAUGCUAAAGCUGUAGAUAACAACAUGUAAGUGAUGUUUAGGCACAGUUACACAGCAAAAGUGCAUCUGCUUGUUGCUAAAAUUAUCUUUAACUCCUGUACAUCUUAGAAUUAUGUACACACGUGAAGGAAGAACAUGAAAAUAAGUUGGAAAAAGUAUUAUUUUUGAGUUGAAGAAGAAAGGAUAUAAGAAUAAAUUGUUGUUUACUAAAUUACAGAAAGGAAAUACAGGUGUUGGCAAAAUUCCUGCAAUUUGGACAAUUUUGAAAUUUAUUCAUGUAGAAGUAACUGAUGAAAAUAUCUGUCUUAGGAUGGAACAAAAACUCAAAUUAUAUCCCAAAUCAGGUACCAAGUUACAUGUAGUAUUUGAAAAAUAUUUUUCUUUUAUGACUGUGUCAUUUUGUUAUUUUCUUUUGCUGAUAUUAUGAAUGAGUCAGUGAUUAUGUUACAAAUUAUGGUACUGAGUACACUGGGACUCAUCUUGUGAAAAGUCAGGAGUUUCAGUCCAGGACCAAUAUUUCCCACUUCAAAAAAUCUUACAAUUAAUUGAAAAUGCUUGGGCCUUAAUGUAACCAGACAGUUAACGUGAAGACAUAUGUCAAAACUCUUAAUACAGUUUACCAAAAUUAAAAUAUACUCCUUCUAUUUCAAAGCACUAGAAAGACUGAAAGAAAUAUGCAUCAUUAAACAACAGCCACAAUAACAGCCACCGAAAUCGCAUGAACAGCGUAUUCUACAAAAGCGUCUUAAGAUUGGUAGAUUGGAUGCAUGCUGUUGAUUAUUUUGUGUCUUUUAGGAUUUUUAUGCAUCAGGAGGAGGAGUUGGGGUCUAUUUUAAAACAAAAAAAACUGCUAAAAAAUCACCCAAAACCGAGACCCGCAAUAGCUUUUGAUCAAAACCGAAUAAAAAAAACCAUCAAAAGUUUUCAAAAACCUAAUCGAUCUGAAAUGUUGGUGAUGUGUAGAACAUUGUGGAGUACAAUAUCACAUCAGUCUUCAUACUAAAUAUUAAUACAUGUAUCAUCACAGUAUCAGCACUAUGUGAUGUUACGCUCAGCACAUAAAAAAAACGAAAACCAGAUGGAACACCAAAUCCGAAAAACCACUUGAAUGAUUUUUACCAAGUACUGAAAACCAAUGCUGAAAAACCGUAAAACCGCAAACAGCAAUGGACAGUAAAUUUGUAAUUAACCGGAGUUUUUCAGUGUAAAACCCGAAAAUCAACCUUAAAAUGGCCAAAACUGAAAAAUCAAAAAUCCCAAUGCUCCCCUCCAUCAGGGACUUAGAACGCAGAGGUAAGAAAAUCACUGAUGGUUACUUCAGGAAAAAAAGAAAUACACUGUAAGAGGUUAUCAAACUGCUUGCACUUUAGUUAGCAUUUUUCUAAUGCAGCCCAACCUUUUCUUUAUGGUCACCUUCCUAUAAGGACAUUAAACAGGGACGUAAUAAGCUGUUCAACCCUAAAGUGUACUAGAUGGAUCAGUAUAAGAUUCUGGGCGCACUUUAUACCCCCACCCCCUAACAAAAUAGUGUUAACACUAACCUGUUACAUGUUCUUAGGCUAAAAUGGUGGGAUUAGCAGAGGUGUGGUUGUCGGAAAUCUGUACACUGACCCAAAAAUCUCGGGCUCCUACCCCUUUUUUAGUGACAGUCCUGUUACAGGGAAAUUUCCAGAUGUUUCAAUAUUGUACUCAAAACAGCAAAGCAUAAUUUAGGGUUAGGUAUGUUACUUUAUAUUGUAAGAGAGAUGUUGGUAAUCAUAUUGAAAGUCCUUGAAAACCCUUGAAAUUCAGGAGGCCAAUUUCAAGGCCUUGAAAGUACUUGAAAUUGGUUUUUUGGUUCUUGCAAGUCCUUUAUUUUUGAUGCUUUAAUAGUUACUAAGUUUUAUAGUUGUGGUGUGACUGUAGUGGAGACAAGGGAAGGCCAAUUUAUUGGGAAUGACGGCAUGCAGAUAUGACUAGCAAAAAUGGACUGUUUGUUGGAGAUAACAUCAACAUAAAUCAGAACAUCGGUACUCAACACUUCAGUGUAGCUACAUGUAAAGCCACCAUGGACAAGCGAUUUGUCAGCUUUUUGAAAUGAAAAGAUUCUUUUGGUUAUUGGAAAUUUAGCUGCAUGUAUUGUAGAGAACGUUUCAACACAGGCUAAAAAGCAGCCGCUCUGCAAAACUUAUAGCCAGCGGGGUGAAUGGUUCUGGACAAAUCAUUUUUGACGUUCCAACAAGGUUUCAGAUGAGAUAAAGCCACACAAUAAAAAACAAGAAAUUCCGCAGCAAUCACUCAGAGUUUUAACCUUCUUUUACCAUUAACCUUUUUUAUUACAGUUUUUGCAAUUGCUAGGAACAUGUUCUAUUAGAGAACAAAGUAAUUUUACAAAUCUGGUAAUCUAGGGGUAAUCUGUUUGUUAUACUUCUAUUUUGAUGAGCUGUCAAUUUUCAAAUGAACCGAACCGUGAAAUAUCCUCCCCCUUCCACCUUUUUUUUUUGCUUCCGCUCUUACUUUCAUGCAAUAACUUGAUUGGAUACGUGGGGUUUGCAGGCUACUUUUUUCCCAAAAGUAAAUGUUGAGGUCUACUUGUGCCUGAGUGUUUAAUUAUGGUCAUGUGAUUUAUUGCAUGACCAAAAAUUGAACAUGUAGGAGAUAAGGUAAUGAAUUGGUAGCAAAUUUUAUUUUGUUUGAGGGUAAAUACCUGUAAAAUUGGCACUUCUGAUAGAGGAUAAAUAUACCUUACUUUCUGCAUUAUUGUGGAAUGAAUGUUUGCCAAAAUUAUAGCCAAUAAAUGAUUUUCCACAGGUAUAAACCCAUUAGACCCAGGCCUUAAACUACUUGAGUAGUGGCUUAAUUUGCAUCAGGAUGGCAAAAUGUUUUUGUGACAAACAUGGCAGCGUAUGGACUUGUUAGUUUUUCCCUUUGAUUUGAUUAAGAGGCCCCGAUUGGCAUGGGGAACCUGUUGUGUUGCGGCAAUGGCAUAACUUUUACCACCUACUCUCAUUAAUAAUACGUUUUGCCGUAUUAUUUCUCAUUUUACCAAUUAUGUACAUGUAUGUCUUGCUUUUUUUAGCG